AUGUCUCGGUCACCAUCAGACGGGUAUAAUAGCCUUGUCGAGGCCAUUCCAGCCCUGGCGUCUCUGAACCAAACUUUUUCAAAUCUCUCGCCAUAUUUAGGAGGAAGAAACUUUACACGAGGCUGCUUGUUAGCCGUUAGUCAGUCACUACAAAUUAUAGACGGGCAAAUCGCCUUCAAACAGCCCAGCUAUUUCAAUAAGAGUUACACAAUCGCCGACAUUGAGGACGCAGGAACUUAUGGGUCUCUUUGCACAACAAACGGAACAGCUCCACGAGUGCUGGUUCCUUAUCGGUGGUGUGCUGAACAUUGCUCGGGCUGGGAGUUGUCGCAUUACAACUCUCUGCAGCAAUGGAUUGGUCCCUUGGUGCAGUUCAUCCUCCCGUGCCUGGCUUUCUGUCUGAGCAUCCCCCGCGGCUGGAAGAUUUCCCUUCCGCGCUGGAUUUUCGAGUCUGAUGAAGACAAUAUUGUUGCUUUCUUUGCCUAUCCCGCCAAGUUCAUCAUCGCAUUCAUAUUGGUAUUUUUCGACACCAUUAUUUGGUUGUCUAUAUGUUUUGCAUUUGCCGGUCCAAUGUUCAUGAGCGCCGUGUACGAAUAUAUGCUCGACGGCAUGAUUCUCGAUUUCCUUGUGCCAAGGAAGACUCCACAACCCAGCAUACCUGCUGUCACCAGGGCAAGACUCCUCUUGGCUGCAGUUGUUGGAAACAUCAAGUUGGAACCGAAAAGGGCCAAUAGAGCCGCCACGCUCCCGGGUAUGCGGACCAAUUCCCCUACAGAUGAGAUCUGGGCGCACAUCAUGAGAAUUGCAGAAGAACUUCUUCCUCGCCCACUGUCUUCCGGCCGCUCCCCGCCAGUUCAGAGUGAAAAUCCACCAUUACAUAGUCGAUCAUUGUCUAUGCCAGCAAAUAUUAUUGAGGCAAGAUCAUCUAUUUCACCCAGCUCCGUCUCCGAUACACACAGGACCUCGUUACGACAACUCAAUUCUGGACCGGCUCUAAAGUUGAAAGCAUUAUUGAAUGCGCAAUCAAGCUUUGGGACUGCAGUAGGGGCACCUGUGGUCUUUUUCAUUGGCAGCUUUGUGUACAACAUUGUCGAGGCCGAGACGCGGCUUGGCGAUGGAGAUACGGCUCACGCUCUUGCCUUUGGCAUGUGGUGGAUGACAAUUUCUCACGUCGCCGUCAUUGCUUCGGCCAUGCUUGCCUCCAACAACCCCAGCGCACUACAGGGGCUCAUUGGUAAGGCGCGUAUAGGAAGAAGAGGGAGUAGCACCAGCAGUGCCGUCGUACCAAAAAGCCUCUGGGGGCGUUUGGCGCGCUGGAUGAAGGAGAUUGACAUUUUGGAACGCGCAUAUGAUGCGACGUAUGAACCAAUGUCCUUGUGGAAACGCGGCCCAAAUAAACGCCUCUGGAUAGACAAGACAAUCGAGGCAUUCGAAGAUGAAAGAGACAGCACCAAACACAUCCCAGUCAAUGAGUUUCGAAAUGCCUUCGAGGUCGGCUUAGUCACGCGAGUUGGCAUCUGGGUCAAUAUUCUGAUCAUUCUUCUGGGUGCGCCUUGCGCACUCGCCUUUGCGACAUCCUACACAACCCCAGUGGCUGGCCUCGGAUGCCGUAGCUUGACGCACGUCAUUUAUUACUCCACCCAGGUUAUCCAGAUGAUGCUUUGGACCUGGAAUAUAGAUGUAACACGAAAGAAUCCGAAAUCUAGGGAGCUUCGGGUCUGCCGGGGUUUGCAAGGCGUCUUUGGCGUGGUUGCCGUUUUUGCGGCAAUAGGUGGAACUAUUAUGCAAAUUUUGGGCGUCUACCGGAAUUGCAUCUCAUGGUCUUGGACAAAUAAAGAUCAUCCCGAUUCCACCGUGGGCAUGAGCUACAUUACGCCCGAUAGCGUACCAAUGGCAGGAGUGUGGAAGAUCACCGGCGCACUGGCAGCGGGUAUACUGGGCUUGGUCUCUGCCCUUGCUUGGUGGCAUCAGCGGCGAUUGCGCAAGAAGUUCAUUUUCGAAGCCGAAAGUUUGGAAAGGCUGGGGCCGAUGUGA